AUGCUUCUUCAAAGCCUCCUCGUCUCUUCUGCCCUCCUAGCCUCAGUCCAGGCUGGGCCAACGGUCCCUGUCCAAGCUCUCGCAAAGCGCGAUGGUCUCCCCGUCUGCGACGACACUCCCAGGACCUACGAAGGCCCCUACACCGACGGCGAAGGAACCUACGUAACUUCAGACCGAACCACGCACCCCUACAAGUUCCCCAAGGUUCGCAAGUGCUGGUACGACUACUUCGUCCUCGAGACCUCCGUCGAGCACACCCCAUGGCAAAAGGCCUCUGGUGACAUCUACUGCACCGGAACCCAAGUCUGCACGGCCACUAAGCUUGUUGGCAAGGAAGUCUGUCAAGAGAGAUCAGAGAGCGUCAGCGUCAACGUCGGCGCUGAAAUCGAGGGCAUUUCUCUCGGCCUCAGCUUCUCGGUUACGGAAUCCGAGUCCAAGUGUGUCCAGGGCCAGGACCUCACCGCUUGUACUUGGGACGAUGGCGCUUGCCACACUGUCUGGACCCAGCAGCAGGUCCUUAAGCAGAAGGGAUACCGCCGCCAGCGAUGUAACUGGGGUAACGGUGACGAAACUCAGUGCAUGGACAACUGGGAACAGACUACGCCGUCUGACUUUGUCGACUACGGUUGCGGAUCCAAGUGUACUGAUACUAACACCUGUGGCAACACUGAUGGCACGCCUUGCUCUAAGUGA